CUCCUUCACAAAGCCCCGCCCACUCCGUUGGUUCUGCCGUUAACGGGCUGCUCGCGUGCGCCCUGUUUGGCCCCAACAGCACCGAUCAGCUUGACUGUGAAGGACAGGAAGAGGACAGGAACACAAAAUGGCUCAACAGCAGAAGGCAGUGGAACGCGCCAGGAAGGCCUUUAACACGGGCCGCACCAAACCGCUGGAGUACCGUAUCACCCAGCUGAAGAACCUCCAGCGCCUGUUUGCAGAGAGGCAGAAGGAAAUCGCCAGUGCUCUCAAGAAGGACCUCAACAAGAGCGAGUUCGGCACGCCGCUGUACGAGACGCUGGGUCUGGAGGGAGAGAUCAACAUGGCUAUCAGCAAGCUAGCAGAGUGGGCAGCUCCAAGGCCGGUGACUAAAAACCUGCUGACCAUUUCAGAUCAGGUCUACAUCCAACCCGAGCCUCUGGGAGUGGUGUUGAUUAUCGGGGCGUGGAACUACCCCUGGGCCGUCACCAUCCAGCCUCUGAUCGGCGCCAUCGCCGCAGGGAAUGCGGUCGUUAUUAAGCCGUCCGAAGUGUGUGUUCACACGUCCAAAGUGAUGGAGGAUCUUCUGCCUUUGUACCUCGACAAGGAGAUGUACCCGGUAGUUACCGGUGGAGUUCCAGAGACUCAGGAGCUGCUGAAGCAGAGAUUUGAUCACAUCUUCUACACCGGUAACUGCAUGGUUGGUAAAGUGAUCAUGGAGGCAGCUGCUAAACACUUAACUCCUGUUACCCUGGAGCUGGGUGGAAAGAGCCCCUGCUACAUCGAUAAGAGCUGCGAUCUCGCCAUCGCCUGUCGACGUAUCGCUUGGGGAAAGUAUACAAACUGUGGGCAAACAUGCAUUGCACCAGAUUACAUCCUCUGUGAGCCCAGCAUCCAGGACAGAGUCAUAGAAGAGAUUAAGAAGAACGUGAAGGAUUUCUACACAGACGACCCCAAAUCCUGUCUAGACUACGGACGCAUCAUCAACAGUCGACAUUUCAAGAGAGUGAUGGCGCUGAUGGAGGACAGCACGGUGGCUGUGGGAGGAGAAAACGACCAGUCCGAGUGCUACAUCGCUCCAACCGUCUUGAGAGACGUGAAGCCCGAAGCAAAGGUCAUGCAGGAAGAGAUCUUUGGACCCAUUCUGCCUAUCCUGACUGUCGAUAGCGUGGACGAGGCUAUCGACUUUAUCAACCAGAGAGAGAAACCGCUGGCCCUCUACGUCUUCAGCUCUGACAACAAGCUCAUCAAGCGUAUGAUCUCUGAGACAUCCAGUGGAGGAGUUUUGGCCAACGACUGCUUGGUCCACUUCUCCGUCAGCUCUCUGCCUUUUGGUGGUGUUGGCAACAGCGGUAUGGGCUGCUACCACGGCAAGUUUACCUUUGACCAGCUGAGUCACCUGCGAGGCUGCCUCAUUAAGCAGCUGAAGAUGGAAGGACUGAACAACAUGCGCUACCCGCCGCACACCACAAAGAAACUGGGCUGGGCUCGCUUCUUCAUCCUCAGACAGGUAGAAAUGGGCAAGCUGGCUCGCAUCGCUCUCAUGGCGCUGCUCGUGGUCGCCGCUGCCGUGAUGGUUCAGAGAUUCCUUGCUGACUGAGCCGAGAAGUUCAGAAGAAACCGACAGUCCCGGCUGCUCCGUUUCCUCCUCCUUAACCCGAACGUGUCCGACAUUCAGCCUCGAACGUAGUCGCUUUUAAAAUCAAGUGCUGCAUCUAAUGAAGGAUCCAAAUUCGUUAUAAUAAUUUACCGACGUGACGUUAACCUUAAUGCCACUUUCAACUGUGAUUCGCUAAUUUUUCCGUCAUUCUGUUUAUAAUCAUUUUUAAUUAUUUAAUCAAUUUUAAUGAAGGACAAGAAAUAAUUUAAGAGUAAAUCUAUGUAGCAUCGUCGGUGUAGUAUCUCUGCAUAAGAAGGGAUUUAUAACGUUCCUAAUCGUCGCAUCGUGUCAUUUUCCUUUCUUAGGAAACGUCUGUGAAUUAGCAUACAGUGUUAGCAUACAGAUAUCAAACAUGAUACUGCUGUUUCUUUUCCCCUUAUCAUUUAACUUAUACUAUAUUCAUUUUACCAACGGCACACUUUCAUCAGGUCGGAGAAAGCACACACACUUUUAAAGGAAUAUCUCAGGCUCUAUAUAGAACAUCAAAUGACUUUUUAUAUAGAACCAUAAGGAAGGAUUCACUGAAGAAACCAAUGUGGUUCUCCAUUUUUCUUCUUAUUAAUAUUAUUAAGAAAAUACCACAAAUUCAAACACAGUAUGAAGUUAUUUUUACAAAAAAAACAACAUUGUGGAUGAAAAAAUUUAACACAGGAUCGAUUUCACAUUCCACACUCCCUGAAUUACAGAAACCGCUCGUCUCCAUCCAAGAGUUUGACAUAGAACCGUUUUCCAGGAACCCCAGAGUUCUACAUCUAACCCAAGCACCUCUUUCUCUACAUAAGAACAACGGUUCAGGGAACGGUUCUACUGGCCAUAUUCAGACCCCCGGAGUUCUCUAAAGAACCCUGAGGAACCUUUUUCUGUAAGAGUGUGUCGCCUUUCACCUGCGUCACGAACUCACAUCGAUCACCACUUCACUCUGAGGGCAUGAAAACGGGUCACGUGGCUUUGUGUAUGAGCUUCGUAACUACGUGAAGUCAUAAUGAAACGAUUUCUUAAUUCUAUGCACAUGCAGUAAUGAGAGACAAAACAAUAACUUUCGGGAUGAGACUGGCAUCUGAUGUGUGAGUUCAAGUGCUGAUGAUGAUAUUUAUAGCUGAUCAUGGCUGGGACAUAAAGAAACAAAAACUUCUGUCAAUCAUAACAUCACUAGCCAAUCACAGGAGUUUGUGAGGACCGGCUCUUGGGUGGGACUUGGCAGGUGACCAAAAAGGUGGAAAAUGAGUUACAGUUAAACAGCAUAACAUUAAGUGAGCACUUACACUAUGCACUACGUAAUCUAGCGUCCAGUGUGUGAAUGUUUGAAGGGUCGUGUCUUUGCAAACAGAACACUAGCGCUUUUUUUUAGCAACAGGAAGUCGAUGGCAAGUGAUGUCAAACGCACGUAAUGCGACGCCGCUAGCUUUAGCAGAAUACACCGAAUUCUUACGUGAGCUAAUUUCAAAGACAUUCGUAGAGUGUUGUCGGCCAUCUUGGAUUUUUUUAACCCCGCUCCUCUUCCGCUACACGACUCUGUGUUGUUGUGAUUUUCAACGUCUUCUCAUUUCAUAUGAAGCGUUACACAGUAUGCAAGGAAUGCUUUAUAAACUAUUUCUUAUUACUGCAGUGCUUCUGAAUGUGGAAUUAAACCCCAAUGUAGAUAUUUUUCAAAUGAAGUUUUUAAGUUUACCUCCAUUUUAUAAAGAGGGUAAGAGGGUAAAACUUCACCUUUCCAACGGCGGCCAUGCUGUUCUGCUUGGAAUUCAGCAGAAUAUCUUUCGGGGUCCAUUAGGACUGAUUUCUUUAUCAGAGCUUAAAUGUUCUGCUGCAGAAAUGUGCCUCAGAGCCAGAAGGUGUAGUUCUACAUCUGCACUUUGACUGAAUUUACUCACCACUGUUCUCACCAAGUUAGAAUUCAUCAACCUAUUAGCAGGCCCUCGAUGAAGAAUAUGAGGUGUGCCGAAGUUCCUCCAGGACCGGAACUGACUACGUUAUUUCAACGAUCAUUUCAAUCAGUGUCCAGUCAGACGUCAUAACUGGGUGCAAAUCCAUUACUUUAGUUUAUCAUGAAAUAAUCGGGUCACUUUAUAAUAUCAUCGGUCUGUCAUUUCAAACUUUCUUUUCUUUUCUUUUUUUUUCAAAUCUUUGUUGAAUAUUAAUGAGAUUAAUAAGAUUUUAUGAAAACAUUUUCUUACCUGUAAAAUAAAACAAUUUUUACAGCGA